CACUGUUUCCACAAUGGAUAACUCAUACAUCAUAGCGAUAGACUUUGGCACUGCGUACAGUGGAUAUGCUUUCAGUCUGACAAAAAGAGAAGCAGAAACUGAACCUCGUUUAAAAUACUGGGGUCAACAGGUUUCACUGAGGACCCCAAAGACUCCGACCUGCAUCCUUUUUGAUGAGCAUGAAAAAUUUCUCAGCUUUGGUUAUGAAGCCCAGUCAGCUUAUUUUAGAACACGCGGUGAUGAAGCCAGAAAGAAAUUCUUCUUUGAAUGCUUCAAGAUGUCCCUCUAUGGCAAAAAGCUUAACAGUGAUGUGACGAUAGAAGCUGCAAAUGGAAGGUCAAUGAAGGCACUGAAGGUGUUCACAGAAGCUCUGAGAUAUCUGAAGGAGGACGCUCUGAAGUUCAUCUCAGAAAAUGCUGGUGGGAAGCAGUUCAUAGCCUCUGACUUCACCUGGGUGGUGACUGUACCUGCCAUCUGGGAUCCUUCAGCAAAACAGUUCAUGAGAGAAGCUGCGACUCAGGCAGGAAUUGUGACCCCAGGAAAGGAAGACAGACUGGUCAUUGCACUGGAACCAGAAGCAGCCUCAGUCUGGUGUAAGAAGCUGCCAGCUGAUGGUUUUGAAACAGAAAAUAACACUGGAGUCGCACUGAAACUGGCUUUAGGAACACAAUACAUUGUGGUGGACUGUGGAGGUGGAACCAUUGACAUCACUGUUCAUGAAGUCCUGGAGGGAGGAGCCCUGAAGGAGCUGCACAAGGCCUCAGGAAAUGACUUUGGGGGACAAACUGUGGAUAAAAAAUUCAAAGAGUUCCUCAGAGAAAUCUUCAGUGAUAGUUUGUGGGAUGCAUAUGAAAAAGAGCAUCCAGGAGAGCUGCAGAAGAUGAUGUAUGAAAUAUCAGUUUUAAAAGAAAAUGAUGAUGAUGUGGAGAUCAGCUGCCCAUAUAACCUGGGGGAAAUGGCAAAAGAAAAGCAGAAAAUGGAAAAGUUUUUUGAAUGGCUGAGAGGUGUUUCCUGGAAUCAAGAAGCCAUCAAAGUCUCAAAAGAGAAAGUAAGGUCUUUCUAUGCUGAGAGUCUGAAUGGCAUCACCAAGAGUCUCAGAGAAAUCCUGAAGAAAGGUUUCACCAUUAAGUACAUUCUGUUAUUGGGGGGCUACGCUCAAAGCCUGAUUCUGCGUCAGCAUAUUACCAAUCAGUUUGGUGAUCAGUGUAAAGUUCUGUGUCCUUCUCAUCCUCAAGAAGCAAUCAUGAAGGGAGCUGUGAUGUUUGGAAGAAACCCAGCAUUGGUGGCAUCUCGAAUAAGUGCCUUUACUUACAGGGUUUCUUUGUCUAAUAGGUUUGAUGCAUCCAAGCAUAGGGCAGACAAGAGAUACACAAACAAAGAGGGCGAGUGGUGUGACGGUAUUUUCUGUGUACUAGUGAAGGAAAAUGAGGAAGUGGGCUGGGAUAAAACCAUUGACUAUCUUAAUCUGAUUGAGCACUGGUGGGAUGUCCUGGACAGACAAGUCUGGUCCAUGGAGGCUCACCUCACAGCUUACAGGACUUUUGCCACAGUACCUUCAGGGGUCUAG